AUAAAGACAGCACAUCCAGCAGCGUCUUUUUCAGAGGAGGUUAUUGAAUCAAACCGAAUUCGCAUCGUGUGCAAAAAAUAAUUAUUACAAGUUAUACACAAUUCGGUAGAAAAGCAAGUGAAAAUGGCUGCAGCUUUGAAUGGUGUAUUUGCGAAUACUUUGCAGGAGAAAAUUAGAAAAUCUAAGAUAUUGGUUGUCGGAGCCGGCGGAAUUGGUUGCGAGAUACUGAAGAAUUUGGUACUCUCCGGAUUUCCAGAUAUCGAAAUAAUUGAUUUAGACACAAUUGAUUUGAGCAACCUAAACCGUCAAUUUUUAUUUCAUCGAGAACAUGUGGGUAAAUCCAAGGCUCAGGUGGCGCGUGAAAGUGCACUUCAAUUUAAUCCAGAUGUGAAAAUUCAAGCAUAUCAUGACAGUAUUAUGGCAACGGACUAUGGAGUUAAUUUCUUCAAAAAGUUCGACAUUGUACUAAAUGCCCUCGAUAAUCGGGCAGCACGUAACCACGUUAAUCGCAUGUGCCUACAUGCAGAAGUUCCACUUAUUGAGAGUGGUACCGCUGGUUACAAUGGCCAGGUGGAAUUGAUAAAAAAAGGAUUAACUCAAUGCUAUGAAUGCACCCCAAAGGCAAAACAAAAGACAUUUCCCGGUUGUACUAUUCGGAACACUCCUUCUGAGCCUAUUCACUGCAUCGUUUGGGCCAAACAUCUUUUCAAUCAGUUGUUUGGCGAAAGUGUUGAAGAUGAGGAUAUUUCGCCUGACAUGGCGGAUCCUGAAGGUAAUACUGCCGGCGAUGGUGAACAGGAAGUGAAAAUGGAUGCCAAUAUACCAGAGAAUGAGUCUGGUAAUAUAGUUCGAGUAAAUACACGUCAGUGGGCAAAGGAAGCUGACUAUGAUGCGGCUACACUUUUUAACAAGUUCUUCUAUGAUGAUAUAAAAUACUUGUUAUCUAUGUCUAAUCUGUGGAAGGAACGUAAAGCGCCAACACCUUUAAAAUGGGAUAGCGUAUUGGUAAAGAAGGAUAAUGCGGAAAAUGAUAUAUCAGCGGAUGCUUCAAAGGAUACUACGCAACAUUAUCAUAAAGUUUGGUCAUUAGCAGAAUGUUCCACUGUAUUUGCAGAUUGCAUAAAGAAAUUAAAAACCAGCUUCCUCAAGCUUGAUGACGGCGAAGCACUUGUCUGGGACAAAGAUGAUCAACCUGCUAUGGAUUUUGUAGCUGCUUGUGCGAAUAUACGCGCAUACAUUUUUGAAAUUGGGCGCAAAUCACGUUUUGAAAUUAAAUCUAUGGCUGGCAAUAUUAUUCCAGCUAUUGCAACGACUAACGCAAUAACUGCUGGUGUCGUAGUUUUGCAGGCGUUUAAAGUUUUGCAAGGACAACUCGAAAAAUGCAAGUCCGUGUAUAUGCGCUUACGUCAGAACCCUCGUCAGCAGUUGCUGGUACCGGAAAAGAUCCUUACGGCUCCGAACCCGAAAUGUAUAGUUUGUUCUUCUGAACCAGCUGUUCACAUUCGUAUAGAUACGAAAAAAAUGCGAAUUAAAGAUUUCCGUGAUGACGUCCUUAUUAAAACUUUGAAUAUGGUGAAUCCGGACGUUGUUGAGCCAAAUAAGGGCAUUGUGGUUAUUUCUUCCGAAGAAGGCGAAACGGAGUGUAAUGAGGACAAAUUAAUGUCUGAACUGGGCAUCGUUGAUGGUGUAAUUCUCAAGUGUGACGAUUUCUUCCAAAACUACGAGCUCGACGUUGUCGUAAUACAUUUUGAUGCAGAACGCGAUGAGAGUUUAUUCGAAGUAGCUUCUGAAAGCAACCAAAUAAAAGCGAAAGAAAUUGAACCAAUAGCAGCGGAAAGUAAUGGAAAUAAGAAAGCUGAAUCAACAGGUGAGGAAGAGGCCGAAGAUGGCCCAUCUACAUCCAAAAAAAGUCGCAUAACAGAAGUUGUAGAAGACGACGACGAUUUAUGCUUAAUUGAAGAUGACGAUGAAUGUAACGCAGAAGAUAAAGUUGUUGCAGCGACUGAUAAAAAAAGUCGCGUGGCAGAAGUGGCUGAAAACGACGAGGAUUUAUCCUUAAUUGAAGAUGACGAUGUAUGUACCGUCGAGGAUAAAGUUGUAGCAGCGACUGAUAAGUUAACUGUUACCAGCCCUGUUAAAGGAGCAACUGUACCUAAGCUUAGUAACAAACGCAAACCAUCUCCACUGACUGAUGAUGAGGUAACCGAGAUUAAGGAUUCAGACGAUGAGGAAAUAGACGGUCCAACUAAGUCCAAGCGUUUUCGCAGCUCACCGCCUAAAGAUUUGAAUACAUCAGAGGUCAUAAAUAUCGAUUGAAAAAACUACAAUAAUUUUGAUAUUAUUUACUUAUCAAGGUAUUGAGUUAUUAAUACCCUGGUAUUAACUACAUACAGUAAUACAUUAUGCAUUAGGUUUUUGAAUCAAAUCGUCAUGCUUUAUUAAUUUUCAUACUUAUUCUAAAAUUUAAAACCACUCAUUACAUCAGUUGAACAUGAUGGCAUAGACAGGAUUUUAGAUCCUAUUAAAACAAAAAUAUGUAAUUCCGUAAGAAAAUAUAAAACAUAAUCACAACAUCAACUACUUAAAUACAUUUACUUCUACGUUAAAUUAAAA